AAGAAGCCCUCGGCAGAAUAGGACUCCAUUGCAGUGUCAACAUGGCUACUCUUCAGUUCGCACUCGUGUUCCUCUUUGGCUUGCUUGGCCAGACGCUGGCGCAGGAUGUGUCGAGAUGCACGGUGUCGGUGAACGUGGCCUAUGCCGACAGCGGCUCUCCCUCCGUCACCUGUACGGACACUUGCAGUGCCGACGAUGCCAACAAUGCAUGGUUCAACGGUGUGGCCUACCAAAGAGUCCCGGAGCUGACGGAGAAAUACGAAUUGAUGGUGAAACUGAACUACAAAAACGGCGUUUUGAGCGGUUGCAGCACUGUGCCUUACCAAACAGUGGAAGAAUCUGCUGCGGAGCUCCAGGCGCUGAUGGCGUGCAUGGGCAUUGAAGAACAAGUAGCGGUGGUUCCGACCGUGGCUUCUUCAACUACGGCGGCCGUUGAAACCACGGCGACUCCAGAGAUCACGGAGACCCCAACGACCACUGAAGCUUCAACAACAACAGAGACCCUAACGACAACAGAGGCUCUAACGACCACUGAAGCCCCAACGACAACGGAAGCCCCUACGACUACAGAGGCCCCAACAACCACGGAGGCCCCAACGACCACUGAAGCCCCCACGACAACAGAGGUCUCAACAACCACGGAGGCCCCAACGACCACUGAAGCCCCCACGACAACAGAGGCCUCAACGACCACGGCUGCCCCUGUCGCGACCUGCCCUAAGGGCUUCACGAUGCUGCUCAACAAAUGCUACUUGGUUUCUACGGAUGUUUACAACAGGGCUGGUGCUCUUAGUUUCUGUACCAGCAACGGUGCUACAUUCGCCACUAUUGAUUCCAAGGAAGAGCAGGAAGCUGUACAAGGUAUCCUGACUACUCACACCUACAUCGGCAUCAACGACAUAGACGUCGAAGGAGUGUUCAAGUCCUUUGCAGGAGCUACCAUCUCCUACACCAAUUGGAACACCGGUGAGCCCAACGGAGCCCGCACUGAGAACUGCGUCGUGAUGAGGCAGAACCAAAACUACCGGUGGAAUGACGUUGCCUGUUCAAAGACUUUCAACGUGCUCUGCAAGACGUCUCCCUCGGUGUAAACCUUGUCCUUAAAUGCUGGCUUCUGAAGAAAGUAACCUGGAUGUCAUUCAACAAAAUCCCCGCAUUCCGGCCGUCCACCCCAAGCGUCUCCAUCAUUUAGUGCGUCCUCGUGAUCGGCGAAUUUAGCUACACGAUCCUGAAAGGCUGAACUUUAUUUUAUUCCACGAUUGCUGGUUCAAAUACUUGUGAGUCAUAAAUUCAAUAAAUAACCAAAAGGC